GCUCGGCAGCAGCGCGCGGCGCGGCUCGGCAGCAGCUCGGAGUUUUGGUGCCGUUCGGCUCUGAUGGAGGAUCAAUCAGCUGAUCGAUAUCGAUCCGGACACGCCGACAAAUCAAUAGCAGCCUGACCCGGAGCGCGCGCGUGUGUGUGGGUGUGUGUUAGUGUGUGUGCGUGUUAGUGUGAGUGUGUGUGUGUCCAGAGGAGUUGAGUUGCGGGAGAAUCGGACUUCUUCUCUCCAUCCUCCGCUCCGGGAUGAAGACGCCCCUCAGCCCCUCUCAGUUCCUGGAGAGUGGGCGGGUCUUCCCCUAUGGAGGCGUGUGUUUAGACAUGAUGGACACGCCCACCUCAGCACCCAUUGGUCCCAGCCCCCAGCAGACCCCGCCCCCAGCGCAGGGCGGGGCCUACUCGCUGUGUGAGGUGUGCAACCUGCAGCUGACCUCGGCCGCCCAGGCCCAGCUGCACCUCAAUGGCCGCUCGCACCUGAGGAGGGUGAGACAGCUGCAGGCCGGGGAGACGCCAGGAAACUCGACAGCGAGGCCUCAGUCCGGUUCUCUUCCCCAGCCUGCAGGACUCACUCCAGCCGCAGGUCUCAGCCCGCUGCCCAGCACCACCUCAGGAAGUGGGUGUGGUCCAGUGGGCGGGGCGUUGCCGGGUCUGGUUGCCGGGGGCGGUCCCUCAGUGAUGAUGAAACCGUUUCUGUCGUUUCCUGUUGAGACGACGUCGCCUGUCGGCCUCUUCCCCAACUUCAACACGAUGGACCCGGUGCAGAAGGCCGUCAUCAACCACACCUUCGGCGUUUCCAUGGCGCCCAAGAAGAAGCAGGUGAUAUCCUGCAACAUCUGCCAGCUGCGCUUCAACUCCGACUCCCAGGCCGAGGCUCACUAUAAAGGCAGUCGUCACGCCAAGAAGCUGAAGGCUCAGGAGAACAAGGCCAAGAGCAAGCUGCCAAUCAGCGGAGAGACCAAUGGCAGCAGCUCCAGCCUCGCUGGCCCCGCCCCCUCCUCUGCCUCAGCCAAUCAGCACGCAGACCUCCUGUCCAGCCUGGACGACUCCUCCUCUCCUCUCAAGCCCUUCUCCUCCUCUUCCUCCCUGUCUUCCUCGUCUCCCGGCUCCAGCAGAGCAGGAAGUGAGCCUCCUCCUUCCAGCCCUCCCUCCGCGUCCCCGGCCCCGGGCCUCAGCACCUCCUCGUCCUGCAAGCCCUCUCCUCCUCCUCCUCCUCCUCCUCCUCCUGCCCCUCUUCCUCUGACUCUGACCCCCGCCUCCCAAGCUGCCGCCGCCGCUGCCACUCCUCCUCCCCCGGUGGAGUCGGAGGAGGAGAAGGCCAAGAAGCUGCUGUACUGCUCACUGUGUAAAGUCGCCGUCAACUCGCUGUCGCAGCUGGAGGCGCACAACACCGGUUCGAAGCACAAGACAAUGCUGGAGGCUCGCAGCGGCGCCGGGCCCAUCAAGGCCUACCCUCGACCCGGAGCCAAGCUGAAGAACCAGAGCAGCUCGGUGCUGAAGGGCUCGGGCCUGCAGAACAAAACCUUCCACUGCCAGAUCUGCGACGUCCACGUCAACUCCGAGAUCCAGCUCAAACAGCAUAUCUCCAGCAGGAGGCACAAGGACCGAGUGGCAGGGAAACCCAGCAAACCCAAAUACAGCCCGUACAACAAACAGCAGCGCAGCGCACUCACUAACAAACUGGCUCUGCAGAAGGAUUUGGUGAAACCUUCCCUCUCUCCCUCCUUCCUCUCCUCCCCCUUCUGUCCCUCCUCGUCUCCUCUCCUCCCUCCUUCCUCCCUCGCCUCCUCCAUCACCCUUGAGGUUGGACCUCCUUGGAGCUUCCUGGAUCAGAAGUGA